UGAGCCAUGGUUGUAUGGAUCAAUACACAGAUUUGAAGCUGUGCUAUAAAUAUAUGUGAGCAUAUUGUUUGUACAAAACAGCAUUGGGUUGAAAUUGUAACUGUUUUCAACCUUUCAGUGCUCCUUGAGGAUUGGCUCUGGCUAGCUGAAUCAUUUCUUCUGGUUAACACUGCCCAGCAGAAUUAUUUCUGCUGAUUGGCAACCUGGCAAGCUCAGAAUUAUUUCAGCAGAACUAUUCCAGCUGCAGUGCGUAGCCUGUUUCCUGAGAUGAUAUUAUUAUACCAUAACCUUGAUAUGCUUGGAUUUGGUUUUUGUUUGAAUAAGGUUUCAAUUAUGUUUUUGUUUUUGUUCUGAGUGGACCAAAAGGUUGACGCACCAGUUUGUUAAAGGUUAUCAUCAUUUUCGAAGUCUGAUGAAAUACAACCUACAUCGGUGCUGUAAAAUUCUUAGUAUUAGUAUUCUUUGUUUCACAUGUGAGUUACAUUACGGGGACAACAUGAAGAGAGGUUGUGCUGCUGUUAUGUGAUUAUUUACUCAGUCAUGAGUGUAUAAAGAAAUGUAGUGUUUAGGAUCGUGUUUAUAUUUUGUUGUUUCAUGAAGGAAACAUUUCUUUGUUAGAUUAUUAUGUUUGGUCUUCUUACACCAAAAAUCAGCUUUAUGAUUGUCAAAUGAGAUGAAUAUAAAUGAUUUGAUGUGAUCCUAAAUCUCUACUUUAAAAGCUACUUGAAUUCUGAGUCUUCGUUCUGGAUAUUAUAUCCUUAUAAAUACCUGCAUGAUUCAAUUGCCAAACAUGUCUGUGCUGGCUUGGGUGCAUAAUUCAGUUGAAUAUAUGCAAUUUGACAAAAUGAUGUGGAUUGCUUCUUAGUCAAUGUCUGCAUGAUCCAGUUGCUAUAUACGUCUGUAUACCUCAUUGCUUAAUCGUGUGUCACAGUAAUCUUGUGUUCUCAUGAUAUCUGGCCUAGCAUUAUUAGUUCUAUUCAACAACACUUCUCUUACUAUAGGAUUUACACCUCUCGUCAUUUCAUAAAAAAGGUCAGUCCCAUUUGCCAUCAAUGCAUCUCUACACUCUGGAAUAUUCUGCUAAUUUAUUAUUCUUGUUCCAUCUCUAAUCAGGUGGAAUAAAAAAACUGGUUGCUCGUGGCUCAUUAAUGUCCGGAUGAUCCUUUGAAGUCAGCACCUAACUAAAGGACAGCUUGCUAGGUUUUUUGUGGCUGAAGACGAUUAUCAACUUGGACAAUUUGCUUAAUUGAUUGCUUGUGCAUUCAUAGUUGUAUGUCGUGAUCUGUGGGUCAAAUUGCCAAUAUGUUCCUGCAGCCCCCUUGUUAAUACCAGGAUGCUACCCCACAAGCCAUGUUUGUCAUGCUUAAUACAAAAAAAUGGAGGACCUCUUGAUCUGUCCUAUUAUACAUAGUAACUGACUUAAUGACUUGAGGUUAUCUGCUUAGGUAGCCUUUGCAUUUAUCCUGUUGACAAUCUUCUGUUAUUCUCAAGAGAGGCUUAGACUUCAGUUGAAAAGCUUCAGCCCUGCAGUAGGCAUGUUGCACAUCAUGAAUGUUUCUCACAAGUGAGAAGCCACAAGAAAAGAUGUUCAGGAUUGCAAACUGAGCUGACUACCUGAGACUGCCAUUUUUUAAUGAACUUCCAGCACUUCUCCAUGAUCACCUACACUUCCAUUUUUAUUAUUCAGUCCAGCUCCUACUCUUGUCUUUUCUUAGUCCAGUUGCAUAUCAUGUGGAUCAUUUAAUGGGCGCCUUAUUUAUAAGUCAUCUCUUUUCUCAGAUGAAGAAUUUAUGACACCAUGAUUCUCUUGGAUCCUUUGGGACACAAUCAGAUCAUGAGGGAUUGGGGUUUUGGUGCAUCAGGCAUAAACUAUUGUGGCUUAGUUGUCAUUCUAUUCUUAUUAAGAUUAGCAUGGAACUCGAGUCGAAUUUAUAUCUGAAAAUAUUCCGCAAUAGUGUGGUAUAAAUGUGCCCUUACCUGUACUGUGUUUUCAGACAUAUUACCUGCAGCACUUGCCACAGACCUUAGGAGUACUAGAGCAUAGAGUUGAAGGUUCUGUCAGCAGAAUGGAAGCAAAUUCUGCAUCCAUUUGGAGCGAGGAAUCUGAGAUGAUUGCUCACUUGCAGUCUAUGUUUUGGAGCAGCAGCAAUGCUGAUUCCUGCCUUUCUUCUCCCAACAGCAGCACUAGUUCUUGUGUUGAAAAUGAGCCCUUUGAUAAAGAGCAAUGUCUGGACACUGGUGCAGUUUGGUGCUUUGAUCACCAGAGUCAGGUUUUCGCUCCAAUUACUAAUGAAGUUACAGGCAUCAAGAGGGUAUGUCUUAUGGAUGAGAAUAAGAAGAGUAAGAAUGCUAAGAAACUCCGAACCAUUGCCCUGGUAUCGAGGACAAGUUCAAAUGCUCCUGCUGACGAGAUUAACACAGAGCUUGUCAGUCAGAGCUGUUCCUGGAGCUGCAGCUCUGAAGAUGAUUCAAUUGGUGUGUGUGAAGAAUCUGUUGUUCUGAAACAAAGUACCAGUUCAAGAGGUCGUAGUCGGUCCUCAAAGGAUUUACAGAGCCUUUACGCAAAGAGGAGAAGAGAGAGGAUCAAUGAAAGACUAAGGACGCUGCAGCAGCUAAUUCCUAAUGGCACCAAAGUUGACAUGAGCACUAUGCUAGAGGAAGCAGUUCAGUAUGUCAAGUUCCUGCAGCUGCAAAUAAAGCUCCUGAGCUCUGAAGAUACAUGGAUGUACGCACCUCUUGCUUAUAACCACAUGAGCAUGGACGUCAGUCAAAAUGCUGCUGUGAACCAAUCAUGACCGUCCGAAAAGAAAUGUCUGAACUGAUCAGAUGGGAGCUAGAGGGUUGCUGUGAAGCAGAACACAUCUCAUGGUCCAUCUGUUCUUAAAUCUGUAAUUAACCCAGUUAUAAAAAAAAAUCUGUAAUUAACCCUGCCUUUACAUUAUUCAGUUGCUUCAUGCAAGUAUGAGCAAGAAUUCUUUCGAAAUAAAAAUUGGGACCAUGGGUUCCCUUGUCA